UCACAAUCUUCUUCAUCCUUCCCCAAUACCAAUCCUCGAUUUCCGUCUCUCCAUGGGCUCACAAAGAGUUCACGCACAGUCAGCUCAGCUCGAGGCAGUCAAUGAGUCAGCGCCUCACACUCGAGGCGAUGGCUUCUGCGUACGAGCUCGAGUCGAGUGAUAGGCACGAGUCAGGAGAAGGGAGUCGAGCAACUACGAAUUGAUUCUAUGGCAAGUCGUAGGUUGCCAAGUUUGAGUGAGACGUAUACAAGGAGAAGUCGAACCUUAGUUGCGCUCGACCCGUACGCUCGAGGACUACUUCGUAGCCCUGUUCCUCUAGUUACUGACUGUGCGUAUCGCUAUCUUUCUUGGACGAGGCGGUGCGUUGACAUGCUCUUAAAAGGCUAGAGCUAACACAAAACCAACGACGUCACGAUGCCCAUGGGGACACGCUGAGCGUCGACAUCGUCGGCGAAGGGCUCCCAGCGGAGAGCAGCGCAAAGGUUGGCGUUGUUAUGGAUCCUUACUUCGUACCGGUUGAUGAGGUACGAAGUCGGUCCAGUCGCUGCUGCCUGACGCGUGGUCAGCUGCAGCGAGGCUUCCCCGUCUGGAAACGGCGCGAGGAGACGCACGUCCAUCGUCGGGAGAGACGGGACCACCUUGACGAGCAGCACGCCAUUGCGAACCUUGCCCCGGAAGGAGCUCUGGUUCAUGGCCUGCCAAAUCUUGUACCUUUCCUCUGCCGGCAUUGGGCUGAGGCGGUACACGAUCGGCUGCUGCGGGUCCAGCCGCCAUCUCUGACCGUCGACGUCGGUAGCGGCGGGCUCCCCGGGCAACUCGUCGACGUACACGGUGCGGUUGACGGGCUUCUCGUGAUCGCCCUCCAGCAUGCCGAGGUCUUCGCCCGUGCCGCGCAUAGCAUCGUCGUCGCCCUCUUCGUCGCAGGCCUCAUCGUCGUCUACAUCGUCAUCGGCGAUGUGGAUUGGCCUGUUGGCAGUGUCGCCAGGCGCCGGGGCGGGAGCAGGAGGACGGGGAAUGGUCACCCCUGGGCGAAAUGGAGCAGCCGGCGCAAGACGGAGACCGAGAGCUUGAGCCGACUGCAGUCGAGGUGCCGGCGGGGCAGGACGGGCAUGAGCAGAGGAAGAAGAUUGAGGAGGGACCGUGGUGAGGUGCAGGCGACCCGGAUGAUAGACAUGGCGACGGAGAGAGAGGAGAGGUGGUGGAUGACUGUGCUGAACCAGUCAGCACAGAGCGGUGGUAGGACGGAGCGUUGCGACGCAGAACCGUCGUGUCGAUAGCGGAGGCAAUCUACCUGGUAGGCUUGACAGGGCGGUCGGGCAGCUUCGAAGCCAGAGAACCUGGAAGGUCUGCGAAGGCAAGCGCCGGGGAAUCCCGAUUGGCCCGGCCAAAGGGGUACUCGUCGAACCAGGCUCCUGCGAACAGGUGCGAACCGUUGUAGCCGUUGUAGCCUUCAAUUCUACGUGAAGAGAUAAGUACGAAGGCCUGAUGUCGCUGCUGGACGUAGCCGUGGCACUCUGACGUGGGACGAGGAGGAAGAGUCAGCAUGUGACGCAGCAGCCUGGCA